UGUUCUUUCGUGUACAUAUUUAGCUUCUGUUUUGUUCUUAUUCUUAGUUUUAUUAUUGUUUUGAAAGCACUCUGAAUUAGUUUAUUCAGUUUAAUUCCAGAUUACCAAAAAGCUGUCUGGAGCCGCCAAGGGGACGGCGCUCUGGGUGUCCUCCGUCAGCAUCGAGAAGGGGCGGGUCCUGACCGGCGCCCUGACAGCCCAGGAGGGACCUGGACCGGAUGGUGUCAGGCCUCAUCAGGCGCUACAGCGAGGCGGGCGUGGACCGGAUGGUGUCAGGCCUCAUCAGGCGCUACAGCGAGGCGGGCGUGGACCGGAUGGUGUCAGGCCUCAUCAGGCGCUACAGCGAGGCGGGCGUGGACCGGAUGGUGUCAGGCCUCAUCAGGCGCUACAGCGAGGCGGGCGUGGCUCCCCCUAUACUCCUCCACGUGGACUGUGGCUGCUGCGAGGAGGCGGGAGGGGAGAGCGAGCUGAAGGCCAGGUUCGGCGGCUGGCCAGACCUCGUCAUCCGGCUGGACGCCUGGCACUUCCUUCGGCGGCUUGCGGCCGGAUGCACGACGGACGCCCACGCCCUGUACCCCAUCUUCAUGGCCAAGCUCUCCGUCUGCCUGUUCGAGUGGGACCCUGAAGAAGUGGCCCUUCUGCGCCACGCCAAGAGGGAGGAGCUCCGGAGGGAGGGUGUGCCCGGCAUCUCCGAGGCUCUGGUGGACGGCCGAUUGACCAAGGCCCAGUUGGCGCUGUACUGCAGGCGGAGGACCCGCGGAGAGGAGGCCCCCGUCCACCAGGUGGAGGCCCUGCUGCAGGAGCUGAUGGGGGACAAAGGCUGGGACCUGCUGGGCGGUCCCCUCCUGGACCGGGGGAGGAUGGAGCACAUCUGGCGGGUUCAGAAGAGGCACGUCCUGCAUCCAGGACCUGCCAGGUGUGCCUCUGUACACAAAGACCGGCACCACCACCACCAAGGAGGGCGUCGUCCUCACCAAGUACAGCUCUUCCUUCUGGACGGGCUGAACCGGUGGAACCAGGACCGGGCUGCUGCUGCUGUGGCUGAGGAGAGGUCCGCUCUCCUCGGCCUCUCGGGGGAUCUGGUACAUUGUGUCAACACAUGUGGCACCAAUGUGUCUGGACAGAUGUUGGUCCCCUCCCUCCGCCUCCCCACCGAGUACACUGGUAAGUAGUGGUAGUACACUGGUAAGUAGUGGUAGUACACUGGUAAGUAGUGGUAGUACACUGGUAAGUAGUGGUAGUACACUGGUAAGUAGUGGUAGUACACUGGUAAGUAGUGGUAGUACACUGGUAAGUAGUGGUAGUACACUGGUAAGUAGUGGUAGUACACUGGUAAGUAGUGGUAGUACACUGGUAAGUAGUGGUAGUACACUGGUAAGUAGUGGUAGUACACUGGUAAGUAGUGGUAGUACACUGGUAAGUAGUGGUAGUACACUGGUAAGUAGUGGUAGUACACUGGUAAGUAGUGGUAGUACACUGGUAAGUAGUGGUAGUACACUGGUAAGUAGUGGUAGUACACUGGUAAGUUGCACUGAAUACUGGAUACUUCAAACUUGGACAUGAAAUGAUGACCAGGCAUGUAUACGUUUUAAAUAAAAGGCUUUUAAUUCUACAAAUCUGAUUAGAUUCACAUAUUUGCAUAUUCUGUCGUCCAAUCGGUCAUCAUAAAUAUAAUCAUAACAAGAAGGUGCUAUAAUCAAAUAAUGAAUGGGGGCUGCAGACUUUCUAUCUUUAUUCAGACCAACAUUAAUAUGGGUUCCACACAUGUUGAUGUACUUAUUAUUGAUAGUCAUCGACUACCUGUACCUGCAGACGGGGAAGUGCAUGCAGGACAUGGAUCCUGAGGGGGAGGAGACGGAGCAGCUGCUGGAGGACCUGGCCGACGAGGCAGAGGAUGAGGGCUUCACAGACGACACCGAGGCUAGUCUGGAGGUCUUCUCUGCCCUCAUUUCUAUCCAGGGGCCCAACAGCAGGGUGUCUCCGUGCUGGGCCAGGGUGUGGACCUGCCUGCCCCCGCGCCUGUGGCCACCGGGGUCUUAACUCACACACACUGACACACCGACGGCACCACGUGACGGUUGGUCGAAGUCGGACUUGAACCAGCGACCCCGUGGUCAUGAGGCGCCGUCAGCCGCUAGCUGGGCGGUGCUCCUUCUGACGCUCACCGUCUGUCCGUCACGACUCUACCAUGACGUCAUCUGUCUGUGUUCGGCUGGGAGGAGGUUUGUCUUCGGGUUCAUUAUCUUUGAUGGAAGUGUGACGUUCUGAUGAGAGGGAAACGUGUAGAUUCAACAUUUAGAGAAAAAGGUGUGGAUAUUAAAUAUUAAUUCUGAUAUAAAAUAACGAACGAUGUCUAACGAUGUUUUGUCCAACUCACACAGCGCAGGUUUGCACGGGUUUACAUAUUGAACAAAAUACUAUAUAUAUACAUGUAUAUGUAUAUAUGACCUCUAACACCUAAACUAAUCAUCUCUAGUACCUAAACUAACCAUCUCUAGACUCUAGUACCUAGUCUAUACAUAUAUAUAGAAUAUAUUAGGCUAAAGUAAUAACUUUUAUGUGACUUUGCGGAUGGUUGUGAAGUGUGUGUUGAAGGUUUCCUGUUGUACGCGUCAGGACGGCUUCUGGAGGAGUUAUGAACGACAUGAAUCAUAGAACAGGCCGACACAUGUUUAUUGUAAGAAAUAACUUUUAGUUGGUUAACGGGAAUGGAAUCACAGUGAUCUGAACAAUCACAAUUCAUAAUAAUUAAUAACAUAAUAAUUAAUUCAUCAUUAUGUUCUGAUUGAUUUCCUCUGUUACUAAACCCUAAACCCUGGAAUCAAACCCUAACACCUUUCUAUACCCUGCGUGAAUAUGUAUAAACCGAUACGUCCCAAACAGUGAGGGUAGACUAAUACACAGACAGGAAUGAACAGCAUUGACUAAAACCAAAAGUAAUAGAAUUACACACCAGCCGUUUGAUAGAUGAUUAUUAUUUCCCCAUGUGAUUCUUGUGUAGGUGUUAACAUAACAAUAUUGUGUUAACAAUAUCAUUGAUUUCUCUACAUGUGUGGUUCUAUUACAGACCCUUGUUAUCAACAUUAAACGUACAAUUCCA